AGUUAGAAACCAAUCGGCGUUACUACAGUAACCAGCGUCGUAGUUCCGUUCACUCGUGGUAAUGUGAUUCGUUCUCUCGACGUAUAAACGGUCCGUCACUUACUUGUUCGUACGCUUGUUCACAUUGGCAUUUCUUCUCUCUUGCCUUUUCUUUUUUUUUUUCUUACUUUUUGCCAAUAGGCCGGGACUGUAUGCACCGGAGACACAUGUACCCGUUGAUAGCGCAUCUAGUACAAAUCAUAGGAAAAUAUCAACGUUGCUCGGUAAACCGGUUUCACCGCAACCAAGCGGUGACCCCCUCGUGCUCGAGAAUGCUUUAAACUGUGACAAGUAUUUUGUGCUCACAUUCAUAGAAACUGUCGGCUCGUGCGUGCGCGAACACGAAACAACCCCGCGGGGUUUGGACGGAAGUCAAGACGCCGUUGCUGCAAGUGUGAGAUGGACGAAGAAGAAAUUGACGGCGUGAAGUCGCCCAUUAAAAGACUUGGCUCCACGCGGAAACUGCUCGUCUUUAACAACAUACGGCUGCAGUUAAACGAACAGCUGAGAUGUCUCGACGUCAGGAUGGAGGCCCAAGUCGCCAUCGUGGCAGAACUUCAGGAUUUUUUUCGACGGAGAGCCGAACUGGAGCUCGAUUACAGCAAGUCCCUCGACAAGCUGGCCAGAAGCAUACAGCUUCGACACAAGGAGCAAAAACAGAAGCGAGAACAGUGGCCCCUAUUCUCGAGCUACGCUUGCUGGCAGCAGCUUAUCAACGAAACGAAGUCCUUAAGCAGAGAUCAUGCCGCUCUUUCGGAAGUAUACAGCACACAUCUCGUCGGUCGUCUCAAUCAAGUGAUGGAAGACGUUCAACGGAUAUACAAGCGUUGCCGUGAAAUAGGCUACGAGACGCACGAGGAGAUUCUGCGAGUACUCGACGAGCUGCACACCACGAUGAAAACGUACCAGGCAUACCAGACAGGGUCACGGCAAGCCGAAACGAAGCUUCGAGUCGCGGAACAACAGCGCAGCAAGCUGGAGGUAGCGAACGCCCCGCCCGAGAAGCUCGCCCGUAGUAAGAAGUACAAGCUGAUGGAAAAGGAAGUGAACAAGAGGAAAGUCAAGUACCAAGAAGCAAAGCUGAAGGCUCUAAAAGCGAGAAACGAGUACAUUUUAUGUCUCGAAGCAUCGAAUACCACAAUACACAAGUAUUUCGUGGAAGAUCUUUCAGACCUCAUUGAUUGCAUGGAUUUUGGCUUUCACAAUUGUAUUGCCAGGGCGCUGCUUAUGCAUUGUAGUGCAGAGGAAGGUAGGCAGCGUUCUCUACAAUCCGGUGCUGAACAGUUGACUGCCUUUGUCAGUGCUUUAGACUCGAGGGCAGACAAACAAAGGUUUUUGGAAUCUCAUCAUUCCGCGUUUAUGAUUCCAAAGAAAUUCGAAUUCCAAGGACAGCGAGGAGACGAGACUCCUGAACCAGAAUUACAAAAAUUGUUACACGCUGAAAUGGAGCAACGACUGACUCAAUUGCAACAAAGACUAACGUCCCUAAGAACCGAAUCUGAAGAAGUUUGGAAAACUUUGGAAACAGCAGAAGCUAGUCUACUCGAGAUGUUAACCGCGAAAGAUUACGACUGCUCCAGAUAUUUUGGAGAAAACGCUGUGCCUACUUCCAGACCUCCAGAAACCGUACAAAUCAAGCUCAGAGCCGACAAGCAAGAAACUGAAGAAUUCUACCUCACGAAAUUCAGAGAAUAUCUUCUUGGAACCUCAAGAAUAGCUAGGUUAGACGCAAAACAAGAAUACAUUCGGCAGAGCUUGAUGGAUGGGUCCACUGCUAGCUCAAAUCCAUCAUUAUCGACAACGAAGCAAAAGCAAGCUCGGAGAAAACGAAUCGGUAGAUUGCAGAUGAAUGGCCAGCCAAAACUCUUCGGUGGAUCAUUAGAAGAAUAUUUAGAGAGCACGAAUCAAGAGAUACCUCUUAUUAUGAAGAGUUGCAUUCGAGUGAUCAAUCUAUAUGGUCUUCAUCAUCAAGGUAUCUUCCGUGUCUCAGGCUCCCAGGUGGAAAUUAAUAACUUCCGGGAGUGGUUCGAAAGGGGAGAGGAUCCCUUGGCCGAUGUCACAGACGCAUCGGAUAUUAACAGUGUUGCUGGUGUGUUGAAGCUGUAUUUAAGAGAACUCAGGGAGCCACUGUUUCCCAUUAUUUACUUUGAACAUCUAAUGGAACUAGCACAGCUAGAAUCGAAGCAAGAGUUCGUUAACAAGAUGAAGGAACUGAUUUCCAGUCUUCCAAGACCAGUUGUUAUAGUAAUGCGAUACCUUUUCGCCUUUCUUAAUCAUCUUUCAGAAUUUUCGGACGAAAACAUGAUGGACCCAUACAAUUUGGCAAUUUGCUUCGGACCCACCCUGGUGCCUGUUCCAGAAGAUAAAGACCAAGUGCAGUAUCAGAACCAAGUGAAUGAACUCAUCAAAAAUAUCAUCACAUUCUGUGAAGAAAUAUUUCCAGAAGAUAUUGGAGGUACUCAAUACGAAAAAUACAUCAGUAGAGAACCCGAUGACGUAGACGUGGGAGAUUCACCGACAGACCAGGUCCAAGAAGAUAUGGACUCCGAGGUUUAUCCAUCUGAGGAUGAAUCAGAAAACCUCGAAGCCACAGCGCAAUUCGAUUUCAAUGCACGGUCCGAAAGAGAGUUAAGCUUCAAAAAGGGAGAUACUUUGACUCUAUACACACAAGUCAGUAAUGACUGGUGGCGAGGUGCCUUGGCCGGUAAAGAGGGGCUUAUUCCCGAUAAAUAUAUUAUGAUCAAGAUAAAGGACGAAGAACGUGAAAAGGAACUCUUGAAGUCAUCGAGUGAAGAAUCAAUGCGAAGAAGAACUUCCAGCUCUGCUGAUAGUGUUCUUUCAAGUAACAAUUCACCACUGAUGGGUCCAUCCGGAAAUGUAACUACUUGGUCCUCUAGUACCACGUCCGAUGUGCAGUCUACCACGAAUAUAAUCACAACAGAAAAUAGCAGUAACAGCGGUGUUAUUUCAACGGUCGUGACAAAUGUCCCUUGCAUCUCAUCGGCUCAUCCUAUCAUCAGUCGAGAGGAAGGCGCAUCCCGAGUGGCAAAAGUAUCGACACCUGAAAAAGAGAAACUCGUCUUCGCUUCGGAUCAUCGUGCAGACACCACAUCGGUCAUUAUUGGUAAUAACGGGGAAAACGAAAAGAUAUCAGACUUCAGCGAAUCAUCGAUGCAACAGCAACAACGCAACGAAGAAGCUGGCGAAGAAGCAGAACAUAUCUCCUUGAUGAGCUUGGACGGCGGAGGAAGGCGUGGAACUAGUAGAAAACAACACUGGAAAUCCCAAAGCAUAGGCGACACUGUGCAGCAAACGGGAAACUCUCUUCAAACAAACAACGCCAUUUCACAGGAAGAAACACCACAGGAACAACCCACAUUUUCGGCAAAUCGAGAACUCUGGCAAAGAAGAGCAACGUCACAAACACAAUUAAACACACCUGCGCUUCCGAAUCAUAAGAUUUUUCGUACUUCCCAAGAGUUUCGCGAAAUGCGUCAGAAACACACGCCAGAUCUAGUAAUGGAUCUACCUUUAUCAGCACAGGACGCGAGCAAAAAAUCCGCUUCGUCAAGUAGUCUAAGCAGUUCGGACGAGGAGACUCCUACCCAACCAUCUCGCGCAGAAGCAGCCACAUCGCCUACUGGAGGACCCGAGUCUCCUGAUAUGAGCACUGCUGCGGAACGGUUUGCUAAGCAGAAUCAAUGUACUCUAAAAAAAAACACAAAAUCGAAUCCGGAUGCAUCCAAGUUUAAACGCGUGGAAACCGAACAUGACCCUGAGCAAGAAACCGAGGAAAUUGUCAGAUCGUCUAGUUCUAAUCAAAUUUCGGAUUCGAUAUCUUUGAGAUCGCCUCUCCCGCCACGCUCGACACCUAAGAUAGUUGCAAAAUUUGCAGACAUGCACCUAACUGGCGGUAGUCAGGUAUCCUCGUUCAAGCCACAAGUAAAAGUGAAGCCAACGAUUCUCAGAAAACCGGUAUUGCCAUUCCCACACCCACACAUGAGCCCUGAGCUCGCGAGGAAAAUCGAGAAGCAGGCGCAGAGCGCUGAACAAACCAAUUAAUUGCUGCCCAGGGUAUCACAUACAGAGAGUUUUUAGCAGCAAGGAAAUAUUUAUUUUCUGCGAUCCAUGCGUGUUUGAGUAAGGUUUCCAGACGCGUAGAUUUGACACUAACUUUCCAUUGACCAGUUACUCCGCCCAAUCGCAAGGACACAAAGUGUGUUAGUUACAGUACCCAAAAAGAAAGGAAAGCCGGACAGCAUCGUUCCUUAAUAUAGACAAACGUGUACACGAGUUUAGAUCGCCCGCAAAACGUUACAUAUAUAAGGUUCGAUGCUGUCCUCGGGCCGAGUUUAUUUUUUCUACGACUAUUUUCCAUUUUCGCAUAAUUUUUUUACCAAAUGACACGCGAAACGAUGUUUCUAGUCAUCGAGCGACGAUUGAAAAACGAUGCGAGAAAUGUGUGAGCGAGAAAAUACAUCGAAAAAAACUUUAAAAAACAUUUUUAAUAAUGCGAUUUCGAGAUUAAGUAGUUUUUUGUCGAGAGAGAGAAAGAGAGAGAGAGAGAGAGAGAGAGAGAG